UUCAUGAGAGUGCUCGCUCGAUUCAUUCCAGUUAAGAAAGAUGUACAGAAAAACAAACUGAAUAGCAGGGUGGAGAAAUUGAACUUUGCUUUCAAGAUGUAUGAUCUGGAUGAUGAUGACAUGAUCUCGAGAGAGGAGCUAAUAAAUAUUCUUCAUAUGAUGGUUGGCGAUAACAUUUCUGACGAACAGCUGGCAAGUAUUGCAGACAGGACUCUUCAGGAUGUAGAUCUGGACAAAGAUGCUUUUAUUUCCAGGGAAGAGUUCCUCAAGGCCAUGGAGAAUGUGGAUGUGGAGCAACAGAUGAGCAUACGGUUCCUGAACUGA